UUCCAUAUUGUUCCUAAUUUAAGUGCUGCACUAAGGCUAGAUGUGGAGCACAUGGCUCCCAGAGCCAUGGAGCAAGGAUAGUGGCACUGAAGGCUUGGUCAUCCAGUGGGCAACAAGGGAAGCAGCUCCCAGCAGCAGCCAGAUGCUGAAGUUCUUGUCCAGAGUUUCCCAGUUCCUUUUUCCCUCCACAGGGUUUUCAGUUUCUCAGGGGGUACAACACAUUCACAGCAAUUCCUGAUCAACAGCAUAUUCCAGGCUGCAGAGGGAGUCCUGCAGAGCCAGCCCAGAAAUACACCCAGCCCCAGGUCAGCCCAGAAAUACAGCCAGCCCCUGACCUGAGCCCAGAAAUACACCCAGCCCCAGGUCAGCCCAGAAAUACAGCCAGCCCCUGACCUGAGCCCAGAAAUACACCCAGCCCCAGGUCAGCCCAGAAAUACAGCCAGCCCCAGGUCUGAGCCCAGAAAUACACCCAGCCCCAAGUCAGAACCUUGCUUGCACCUCCUGCAGCAAGGGGCCCUGGCUCUGCCAACCACCACCACAGCUCUCUGUGCCCCAGGCAGGCUGGCUUUCCUCCCCUGGCACCACUGGCAGCCUGUUUUCCACAGAGGACUGCUGGUCCUUUGCAGGAGGGGACCACAAGGAGCCUGGUCUCCUUAAUAAUGAGCUGGGGCUGAGACUGAGCCAGAAAAUCACAGAACGCUCUUCAUGAGGGACUACAGCCAAGGAGGGAGUGAGGGCUCUAGACUUAGCUCUGAUAAUCAGCUUAAACAGUGCUCCUGGCAUGUGGGGAGAGGGAUUGGGCCCAGGUGAGGCUCUUAGUGGUCACUGAGGUCUAUUAGUGCACUCAGGCCCUGGAAAACACCAAUUAAGUCGUAUUAGGACCAGGCAGUGUUUAAGUGUGUUAUUCUCCUGGGUAGAGCUUGUAGGAGUAGUCUGAUGGCUGCUGGUAUGAGCACCCUGUCACUGCCAGUUGUACAGGGGCUGAAAUGGAGGUGCUUGACAUGACAGGAUUCCUCUGGAGCUGAGCCCUGGGUUGGUGCUGCAACCGAAAAAUAAUCCCCUGGGUUGCACUGCAUGCCUGGCAGCCAGCUGGGCUAGUCUGGCAUUUGCACAGCAGCACCAGGACACUCCAGCCGGCAGAGACCAGACCUGUAGUGGCUGUGGGAGCACAGGCAGGUGGCACACUCUGGCUGGACAGGGCUUGUGCUGUGCCAAAACAUCUUUGCUCUACCUUCUCCAAAACUCAGCGUCUUUCUGUUCUUAGAGCUGUUGGGGUCUUCCUCUCUACAUCAUGGAGGUUACAGCAGCAACUUGUUUAUGUGUGUGCAAAAGAACUGCUCCUGAUUCACUUGCAUGAUGCUCCACAAGGUCCUGGUAGCACCCACCAACAGCACUGCACAGCCCUGCUGGCUCACAGGCUGCCUGGCAACCCUCACACCUUUUCAAAACUCCACCAGAGACCUUUGCUCUCCUUUUGUGCUUGUCACUUGUCACUGCUCCUUCAAGCAUGGGUGCAACCCAGUAAUAGGACAGAAGAGCUUUCUGCUCCACUUGUCCCAUGGCAUUUGUGCCCACUGUGGAAUCCCAGAGCAGACACCACAGCAGACACUGCUGCACACACUCUACAUCCCGGGUGCUUGCCAGGUGUGGGGAACUCUGAAUUUCCACAUAUAUCAACCAACCAAAUACCAACCUAGUCCAAAAUGUCAUGGCAUGACCCUGGUGCCCAACAGAACAGUUUGUCUGUACUGUGUCCAACUACAGGGGGGUAAAGUCCAGGGCUGUGCAGCGUCCUAUAGGGAGAAGGGCAAAUUCAGAGGGCAACCUGCACAGAGGUUCCAUAGCACAGCAGAACGGUGGAGAGCUCAGAGGUCCCCUGUACCUGUUGCCAUCGGGUAGUCUGUGCAGAGCUUGCAAAAGAGCCAGAAGCCAGCUGACAGCGGAACAGGAAGAGUAGCACUGCCAGUGCUGCCACCUCUCCAUUCCUGUGCUGAUCCCUUGCUUGGCUGCUCAGCCCCGCUGUCCCACGCUGUCCCACGCUGUCCCCAGGCAGAGAGCCCGUGGUGGAGCGCAGCAUGGCAAAGAAGGUGGCCAUCAUCGGCGGGGGCAGCAGCGGGCUGUGCGCCAUCAAAGCCUGCCUGCAGGAGGGGCUGGAGCCCGUCUGCUUCGAGAGGACCGGCGACAUCGGAGGCCUCUGGAGGUUUGAGGAGCGCCCCGAGGACGGCCGUGCCAGCAUCUACCGCUCCGUCAUCAUCAACACCUCCAAGGAGAUGAUGUGCUUCAGCGACUUCCCCAUCCCCGACGACUUCCCCAACUACAUGCACAACUCCAAGAUCAUGGAAUACUUCCGCAUGUACGCCCGGCGCUUCGACCUGCUGCGCCACAUCCGCUUCAGGACCAGCGUGUGCCGCGUGUCCAAGCGCCCCGACUUCGCCAGCAGCGGCCAGUGGGAGGUGCUGACGGAGAGCGAGGGCAAGCGGGAGGCGGCCGUCUUCGACGCCGUGCUGGUGUGCAGCGGGCACCACACCGACGCGCAUCUCCCGCUCAGCUCCUUCCCAGGGCUGGAGAAGUUUGAGGGCUGGUACCUGCACAGCCGGGACUACAAGAGCCCUCAGCCCUUUUUGGGAAAACAGGUGGUCGUGGUUGGCAUUGGGAAUUCAGGCAUCGAUAUUGCAGUGGAGCUGAGCCACACAGCCAAGCAGGUUUUCCUCAGCACCAGGCGUGGGUCCUGGGUGAUGCACCGGGUGGCCAAGAGCGGGUACCCCUUUGAUUUCAGCUACAUCAGCCGCUUCACGCAGCUCCUCCAGAACCUGCUGCCUCCAAACAUCAUCAGUUUCUUCCUGGAGCGGGAGCUGAACGCCCGCUUUGACCACACGCUCUACGGCCUAAAGCCCACGCACCGGAUCCUUGACCAGCACCCGACCAUCAACGAUGACCUGCCCAACCGCAUCAUUUCGGGCAGGGUGCGGGUGAAGCCAAACGUCCAGGAGUUCACAGAGACAUCUGCCAUCUUUGAGGAUGGCACCAGGGAAAACAUCGAUGCUGUGGUUUUUGCCACGGGAUACAGCUUCUCCUUCCCCUUCCUUGACGACUUCAAGGUGGUGGAGAACCAGAUUCCCCUCUACAAAUUCGUGUUCCCCCCUGACCUGGAGAAGCCAACGCUGGCUUUCAUCGGCUUCAUCCAGCCCCUGGGUGCCAUCAUGCCCAUCUCAGAGCUCCAGUGUCGCUGGGCCACCCGUGUCUUCAAAGGGCUGCAGGGCUUGCCGCCACCCGCCGACAUGCUGGCUGAAAUCACACAAACCAAGCAGAGAAUGGCUGAGCGGUACGUGAAGAGCCAGCGGCACACCAUCCAGGUGGAUUACAUCCCUUACAUGGACGAGCUCGCCUGCCAGCUGGGGGUGAAGCCCAGCCUGCUCACGCUGCUCCUCACGGACCCCAAGCUGGCGGUGGAGGUGGCUUUCGGUCCCUGCACGCCGUACCAGUACCGGCUGCGGGGCCCGGGCGCCUGGGCGGGUGCCAGGGCCGCCAUCCUCACCCAGCAGCAGCGUGUGGUGAGGGCCCUGCAGCCGCGGGCCCACGGCCGCCAUGCCCGCUCCAGCGCCGCGCCCCACGCCCUCACGGUGCUCUUCAGCAUCGCCAUGAUUGCGGCCACCCUCAUCUACGUCUCGCUCUCUCCCUAGCCUAAAGGGAAGGAGACAGGCGGGUCCUGCCGGCAAUCUGCUCCUUUUCCCUUAAGCUUGUGUCUGUGGUGUCCUGCUAGCUGUGCCGGAGCACGGAAGGAGUCGCUCCAUGAAGGUGCACCCUGCUCCUUCAAGGCUGCGCCUUCCCGCUGUGCUCCCACCAAGUCUGCUCACGGGCUGCCCUGCGAACAGCUCCCGAGCUCUGUCUAUGGGUUUGGUCACAGAGGUGGUGGGCAAACUGGGAUCGUGCCCAAGCGAGGAAGAGGGCAAUAAAGCAAUAAAGCUUGUCUCCGUGCGACGGGGACCGGAC